ACUAUGCCCCAGACACCAAUAUUUUCCACCAUGCUUGGUUCCAGUUGUAGUGGACAAGUGCAGCCAGAUAUGGGAGAUAGGUGUGUGGACCCUGUUUAUCAGGAUGGGAACCUUGUUUCUGGAUCACUGGAGGCCUUGAUAGAGCGGCUGGUGCCCACCAUGGACUAUUAUCCAGAUAGGACUUAUAUCUUCACUUUCCUAUUGAGUUCACGAGUCUUCAUUCACCCACACGAGCUCCUGGCUAAAGUGGGGCAGAUCUGCAUUAAACAGAAGCAGCAGCUAGAAACGGGGACUGAGGCAGAAAAGGCAAAGCUAAAAUCCUUCGCUGCCAAAAUCAUUCAGCUCCUGAAGGAAUGGACUGAAACUUUCCCCUACGAUUUCCAAGAUGAAAAAUCCAUGAAAGAGUUGAAGGAGAUUGCUCACAGGAUCACGCAAUGUGAUGAGGAAAAUGGAACAGUGAAAAAGAUCAUUAGCCAGAUGACACAGAAUCUCCUGAUGGCCCUCUCUGCACGGAGCCAGUACCAGGAAAUCAGAGAGAAAUUCCGGCAACCUGUUACUGACAAAGGCACCAUCCUCAAAACCAAGCCACAGUCAACUCAGAAGGACAUCCUGAGUGUGUGCUGUGACCCUCUGAUCUUGGCACAGCAGCUGACCUAUAUUGAACUGGAAAGGGUGAGCAACAUUUACCCAGAGGAUCUGAUGCAGAUUGUCAGCCACAUGGACUCCCUGGAUAAUCACAAGUGCCGAGGUGAUGUGACCAAAACAUAUAAUUUGGAGGCCUAUGACAAUUGGUUCAAUUGUCUCAGCAUGCUGGUGGCUACAGAGAUUUGUCGGGUUGUAAAGAAAAAGCAGCGUACAAGAAUGGUGGAAUUUUUCAUUGAUGUGGCAAGAGAAUGCUUCAAUAUUGGAAACUUCAACUCAAUGAUGGCUAUUAUCUCUGGCAUGAACUUGAGUCCUGUGGCACGGCUAAAGAAAACUUGGUCCAAGGUCAAAACAGCCAAAUUUGAUGUUUUAGAGCAUCACAUGGAUCCAUCCAGCAACUUUUGUAAUUACCGCACAGCCCUGCAAGGAGCAGCACAGCGAUCCCAGACUGCCAACAGCAAUCGAGAGAAAAUAGUCAUCCCAGUUUUCAACCUGUUUAUUAAAGAUAUCUACUUUCUGCACAAAAUACAUACGAACCGCUUGCCCAAUGGGCAGAUAAACUUCAAGAAAUUCUGGGAAAUUUCAAGACAGAUUCAUGAUUUCCUGACAUGGAAGCAGGUUGAGUGCCCUUUUGAAAAAGACAAGAAGAUCCAGAGCUAUCUACUCACAGCACCCAUUUAUAGUGAAGAAGCUCUGUUCAUUGCAUCCUUUGAAAGUGAAGGUCCAGAAAACCACAUGGAAAAAGACAGCUGGAAAACACUCAGGACAACUCUGCUUAAUAGAGCCUGAGAUUUUUGGAUCUGAUCUGCAGACUUUGAAGCACAUCGAAUGAACAUGUUUUUACAGCGUGAAAGACUUGGACUGAGCUAAGAAAGACCUCACUGGCUGAGGUCUGUUUUGUAUAUACAGUAACUUUUAUGAAAUAAAAUGUGGUAAAUAUUUCACAUGUCAACCUUAAGGCACUUAAGUGAAGGGUUUUGUUUUUUUAUUUUAAAUA